UCAUCCUGCCCAUAGAUCUUCCUAUAAAAGUGAACUGGCUACGGUAGUUUUCAUUUGACAUCGCAGCAGAGAUGGACUCCAAAGUCGACUGUCAGGUCAACAUGUCAUCAGAACCCAUAGCCCUCAGGUUUAUACCCAGAGUGCCUAAGGACAGGAAGCAAAUGAUCCUCAUCUCUGUCAUCCUGGUGCUUCUGGCCAUUAUCAUUAUUGGAGCGAUUCUCAUUGGCGUUUACAUGACGCAGCAACACACCGAAAAGAUAAUUAAAAUCACUAGUAGUAGAGGAGAUGGCGAAGUGGUUGAGCAAACUGUGAUGGUGAAUAACCAGGAAAGUGUUGCUGCCUUUCAUAUCCAGAGCAAUACGACCUCAGCAACUGUUGUCUAUGACUAUAAACACGAGCUGCAGAUCACUGCCCCAGCCCCUGGUGACCGCACGCAAUCUCACCCAGUGGACAAUGCUGUGGCCGAUGAUCCACAGACGCACCGCCCCGACAGCUGA